GAUGCCAUAGUCAUUAUUUUGACUUUUUUCUUUUACCCUAUUGGGUUAUUAUACAAAUCACUGGUCCCAUCAUGGUCCUUUCACUAGAAAGAUUUCAAGGCGAAGUCGCGGUAGUUACUGGAGCAGCUGCCGGAAUAGGCAAGGCCAUAGUGGAAGAAUUGGUCAAGAAAGGGAUUAUCGUAGCUGGUUUGGAUAUCAGACCAGAGCGUUUGCCAGAAGUUGCUCUCGCACUGAGUAAGGAAAAAGGUCAAUUACACGUAUUCAAAUGCGAUAUGAAAAAAGAAGUUGAAAUCAAGUCAACAAUUCGAGAAGUCAUUAAGAAAUUGGGAAAUAUUCAUAUUCUUGUCAACAACGCCGGUGUGUUCCAGGCUACAGAUUUGAUUAAUGGAGAUACAGAAAAAUGGAAAACAACUAUUGAAACAAAUAUGUUGGGAAACUUGAUCGCUACAAGGGAGGUAGUGCAAAACAUGAAGGAAAACAACACAGAAGGACACAUUGUACAUAUCAACAGCAUCCUGGGACAUGCUGUAUCGGACCUUCCUAAUCUGAACGUCUAUCCUGCCACUCAGCAUGCUAUUACAGCAUUGGCAGAGACGCUAAGAUUGGACUUAAAGAGAGAAAACUUGAACAUUAAGGUCACGAGUAUCAGUCCUGGCUAUGUGAAAACAGAAUUACAAAGUGCAGCAGGUGUAGGAGAAAUACCUUCCCUUAAUGGUUCAGAUGUGGCCGAAGCAGUUAUUUACGCAUUGGCUACAGCACCACACAUAAAUGUUAGCGAACUCAGAAUAGAAGCUGUGGGGAGCUAGAGAGCAAAUAUUAUUGAUCAGAAUAUACGAAUCAUAAUCAUUUUCAAUAAUCAUAUUUUUAUAAAAAAAUAUAUAUAUACUUUCUAAUAAUUAACUACGAG